AUGAACGUAACUACAGUUAAAGAAAAAGAUAGAAACCGUUCCAGCUCAGUGGAGCGACAGACGCGGCAGGCAGUGACGCGACCGCGACGCGCUGCAACGCCACCGCCGCUGCAGCUGACGUCACGGUCGGAGCUAGAGCAGAGCAGCGCCAGCGACAUCUUCAGGCUGGACUCGCAGGAGUUCAGCACAACGAGCAGAGCAGCCUUGGCGCGCGAGGCGCAGCUGCUGCAGUUGCAGCAGCAGCAGCAGCAACUGAUGGAGUCGUCGCCGUGGCUGCCGCAGUGGCAGCUGCGCAGCCGACCCGGGCAGCGCCGCCUGACCUUCGAGCAGUGGCUGCUGCGCAAAAGGAGUCAGGAGUCGAUGCGUCGCCGCCAGAGCCGACGCGAGGCGCAGCGGGUGCAGCAGGCGAAGCAGCUGCGCCAGCAGAUGGCCCAGAAGAGCUAUGCGGAGUGGCUGACCGCGAAGAAGAAGCGGCUGCUGCUGAAGGAGUCGCGUUUCGAUGAGGCGCUGGCAGCGGAGAUCGCGACGCUCCAGAGGCAGCGGCAAAGCCAACAUUCGCUGCAGCAGUGGAAGCAGCGCAAGCAGCAGGAGGCGCAGCAGCGGCGCGAGCGGCAGGAGCAGGUGCAGCAGGAGGACGAAGCGAACGAGAAGCUGCGCGAGCAGCUCAGCCAUCUCGCCUGGCAGCGCUGGAUCUCGCGACAGGCGAUCAAGGCGCCACCGCAGCUGCAGGCCAUGCAGAAGCUCCGCCAGCAGCAACAGCUGCAGCCGCAGCAGCAGCCGCGGCGCGACAGACUGAGAAUGUCGGCCGCUGCUGCUGCUGCUGCUGCCGCUACUGCGCCGCGGCAGCGCAAGCAAUCGCACCCAAUCACCUCGCUCUAUCUGCAGGUGCCGCUGUCGGUGGCGCAGCGCUCGCUGCGUCGCCGUCUGCAGAGCCUUAGCUCGCUGGAGCACUCAACGCGGCGCUUGCGCUGAGCGAGCCAAAAGAGCUUUUCCCUAAAGCUUUAAGCUGCUUGCGAUCAAGCUAACCGACGGACUUCAAAGUAAGGAAGCUUUUGCAAAAGCUUUUGCUAAAUACCAAACUUUGUCAUUGCUCUCCAAUCAUAUACAUGAAGCAAGCAGCCUCGCUAGAGCUUUCGCUGAAUCCGUAAGCUUCUCAUCAGUUUUUCCCGUUCAGCCAUCUGUUAACGUAUCUAGACAGUUCAAGCUAGUCAGCUUUAGGCCACACAUAAAUCAAAGACAAUAAAAUCAA